CAAAGUUCCCCACAUCAGUGAUUUUUUACUUGACAAUAAUUAGAAAUAAUUUUUUUUCGUUUUUUUUUAUACCUUUUCAUAUUUAUUAAAAAUGUCGGGAGAUGUGCCACCCACUCAGAUGCCUCUUGAAUCCAAAUGGAAACAUGUUCCAACGACAGUUUAUGAACAAAACUAUGGAUUUGGCAUAAAUUAUUAUCAACCAAUGAUCGAUUAUAUCGAUCAAAAGGAGAAGAAAAUUGUGAAGAAUCCUCAGUUACCGGAAUUACCCUGGUCAGAUGGACGAUUUCUUUGGGAAAAGAAAAGAAUUCUACCAUACAGUAGUGAGGAACUAAGGAGGUAUGCCUUUGGAGCUGAAGAACAAGCGAAGGAACAUUUAUCGCACUUUAAGAUAGCAAAACGCUCGGACUUUAGCCUGAAGAAGGCAGUGGAAGCUACACACGUAUCAAGAGACAUUGACUCAGGAGUAGAAGCAGCUGUUAAAAUACGAGAACAGACCAUUCCCCUGGACGCAACAAUGGCUGAUCUCAGUGUUCAAGCAGUUAGAAAUUUCCAAAGGAUAAAACAUGUGCAGGAGGCACUGGAUCAUGCAAAAAGCCUCAAAGGCAAGUCUGCUAAAGCCAUUGAAUAUGAAUUGAAGGCGGAGAGUAUGAAGAAUCUUUCCAAUACAACCGAAAUUUCGGAUAUCAGAAAAUACCAAAGACAGACCAUGCAGGCACUGUGGGAUGAACGGGACCAUAUAAGAAUGAUGGAGGACAGAUCUAGACUGCUCCAGGAAGAAGAUGCCAAACUUACUCAACCUCUUGACGAGCUUCAGCAUGAUCUUAAGGCACUUGAGAUCAAGUCGAGCACCUAUUUCAUUGAUAAGAGGUAG